UACACGCACACAUGUAUACACAAUAUAAUGUAUAUCACUCUUAGGCUGUUAACAUAGCUCCCAUACAUAACGGAUGAAAGGCAGAAAGGGAAAAAGAGGAGGGCGUCUUACAAUCGCCAAUAGGACCGCUUAUCGAACUUCGAUUAGACCACUUAACGAAGCGGAUCAAUUCAUCAAAUAAAUGGUUCAGCGGCGGUCAUGCGGGCGGGAGUUUCCAUAUAAAAGGAAGCCUGGGUGCUGGAAGGCCAGUGUCAUUUACCAGCAUCACCUCUGCUCUUCAUCUCUCAAGCGUCAUGUCUGGCUGCGCAAUGUGGAUGAUCCUUGCUCUGGCUGCCUCCUGUAGCGUCAUGAGUCUCGCAAGAAUCAUGGAUCCCGGGCACAGCCGCCCUCCCUUCCAGCUGCCUUCGUCGCCUUCGUCUUCGAGUGUUACGGGCGCGGCCUCGGCUCUCCGCCUGGCCAAGCGGGAAACGUUCGACCCAGCGUGCAAGGGCAUCUACAACCGCGCCAUCUGGGGCAAGCUCAACCGGGCGUGCGAGGACUGCCAGAACCUCUUCAGGAAAGAACCGGCCAUCUACGAAGCCUGCAGGGAGAAAUGUUUCGACACAGCAAUCUUCCCUGCGUGUGUGGUCGAACUCUCCCUCAAUCUUAACGAAUACAUGUUCGAAGCAGAGUUAAUUCGCGAGCUUUAAACGGAUGAAGAUAAUGGCUUGCAGAUUCACUCGGAAACCAAGAUGUGAAAUGAUGUGAAUAUCGCUAUAUCUAAUACACGUUGGGUAUAUUUUUUUAAUGUAUUGAGAGCAAAUACUAAAAUGUGGUUGUAAUUUAGGGUAAUGAAAGGCCUAUCAAUUGAAAGUUAACUUUAAUUUAUAUGUUCAUUGCCAAAAAAGUUAGACAGUGUAUGACGAAAUUAUAUUUCAAAUAAAGUUACUGUACAAUAAAAUUACUCCUUCCUUUAUUUACCUAAAAAUUAAGACUUUUUUCAGAAUCCAAAGUUAAAGUACACCAUUUAUUUUGGAUUUUUGUAUCACCUUUUUUUGCUUCCUGUUACUUUUUCCUUUAAUAUGCAGAUUCACUUGUAUAGAAAAGCCUUCAGACCGUAUUGUAUUAUUAUUUAUUGUAUAUUUCAUCUCAAUUUUGUCUGCCAGAGAUUAAAAGAGUUGUAAUUUCAUUAAAAAGAUGAAUAGUCACAAUAUAAAGACCGUAGAGUAUUUGUUUACUACUAAGCGGUCAGUUUUCUGCAGUUUAAGCCGUAAAUAAUAUCUUGCAAGAUAUUAAAAGGCAACAGAAAUAUAUGUUCUAAUGAAUUAAAUGAAAAAAUAACCGAGAUGUAUUUUAAUCUAAUGAAGCGGUUAUAAAAUGUUAUAACCCAGCACUCUUAUAUCACACUCUGCAUUCUCACAAUCUGUAUUAUAAAUGCUACAUGUAGUACUUAUGUCUUAUUCAGAUGGUCAUUAAAUCCCCCAUUUAGUUCCAUCCAUUCAGUUUCAUGGAUAAAUUUGAUAUAAGCAUGUUUAAUAGUCUAUGUAUAGGAAAAAAAUGAGUUCUUGGCACUCGAGAAAGGAGAGUUAUUGUUAGCGAUGUUGUCCUCGCACACGACCCUUGUUUUGCUUUUGCAUUAUUGCUCCUUGUCUUUUUAAGUUCACUGCAGUGUAGGUAUUUUCAUUUUUUUACUCUCUUCUUUUUUAUCUCCUCUCUACUGUUAGGUAUUGCGUCUAUGCCAUGAUAAACAAACAAGUGCGAACGAAGAAAUACGAAUUUUAAAUGACUUUCAGACGGACGAUGUCAUUGUAUAAUAUGAGUUAAAACCACUACUAUUUUCUAAACUUUAAUUGAAGAAUAAUUCAUAAUAGUCAUUUCGGCUUCACACCUCGUAACCUAAUACAGGCACAAUACAGUAGAUAUCAAAUCCACAAUAAAUAUCAGACAAUUACCAGACAUUUCUCACUUCAAUAUCCCGGUACAAAUAGCAUUUCCGUGUAAUGCAGAGUUGAAGACAGUGGUAAUCCUAGGUUUGCUACACUUACACCUUCUCGUCACAUAAAGACACAAAGUGAGAGGGACGAGAGGGUAUGGGCAUGUAGAGAAGGAAUAAGGAGUAGGGGGGUAGGGAGGAGGGGAUGGAUGCUAAGGACAGAGUCGCCUGGUGUUAGAUAAUAAAAGUUAACAAAGAGGAUAUAAUGUGUGGUGAGGAAGGAUAUACUGGCGACCGGUGUAUCAGAGGAAGGUGUAGAGGAUAGGAUGAGAUGGAAAAUAAUAAGAAAAAGAAGAGGA